UACGUCUAUACCGCUAUUUGAACAUAGGAAGCAAUACAUGGGACAGCGCAUGUCGGGUUGUAUUCCUGAUUAGAAAUAUGUUAUUUAAAUUAACUUAGCAAACAGUUAUUGGCAUUUCGGUAUUCCCACAUGCAAGCAGAUAGGAGUUGAUUUUGCAUGAGCAAAACAUGCGAUGAAAAUAUGGCCACCGAGUGACCUGAGUUCACAAGAAACGGACUUUAACUGCAGUGACACCAGAGAGUAGAUGGACGGUUCAGUCGGGCCGAUGCGAGUGUUGGUGACGGGCGGCAGUGGGCUGGUGGGGCGAGCGAUAGAACGGGUGGUGAAAAUGGAGAGCGGAGCGAGAGAGGGAGAAGAAUGGAUAUUCCUGUCUUCCAAAGAGGCCAAUCUUCUGAGCGCUGAAGAGACGAGAGCAGCCUUCGAGAAACAUCGUCCGACGCACGUCAUUCAUUUAGCUGCAAUGGUGGGCGGGCUCUUCAGAAACAUGAGACAGAACCUGGACUUCUGGAGGAAUAAUGUGCACAUCAAUGACAACGUGCUGCAGGCGGCUCAUGAGUUCGGCGUGGUGAAGGUCGUUUCGUGUCUUUCCACGUGUAUCUUUCCAGAUAAAACCACCUACCCUAUAGAUGAGACCAUGAUUCACAACGGUCCGCCUCAUGAGUCUAAUUUUGGUUAUGCUUACGCCAAACGCAUGAUUGAUGUCCAGAACCGGGCGUAUUUUCAGCAGUAUGGUGUGCAAUACACAGCCGUCAUCCCCACAAAUGUAUUUGGACCCCAUGAUAACUUCAACAUUGAGGACGGACACGUCCUGCCGGGGUUGAUCCACAAGACGUACCUGGCCAAGAAGGAAGGUAAACCUCUGCAGGUCUGGGGCUCGGGUCGCGCUCUGCGGCAGUUCAUCUAUUCUCUGGAUCUGGCUCGUCUGUUUCUGUGGGUUCUGAGGGAGUACGACGAGGUGGAGCCCAUCAUUCUGUCAGUGGGAGAGGAGGAUGAGUUGUCCAUAAAGUUUGCUGCGGAUGCCGUGGUGGAAGCGUUGGGGUUCAAAGGUGACGUGAUUUAUGACACUAGUAAAGCAGACGGUCAGUUCAAGAAAACCGCCAGUAACGCCAAACUACGCAAAUACCUGCCAGACUUCAAGUUCACGCCGUUCAAACAAGCCAUCAAGGAGACGUGUGAUUGGUUUGUGGCCAAUUAUGACUCCGCCCGUAAAUGAAGAUCUUCACAUCUGAUUGGCUGUGUGGAGCUUGAACACUGUUCGAAGCGGGAAACCGAACUUGAACACUUGAUCAUUUUUACAAAGACAAACUCAUGGAACACUGCCGUCUAAGCCCUCUUUUCAUGUUUAUUUAAAGUUUUUUUUUUUAAAUAUAUUCAUUUUUACAGGAAUGCAAUUACUAAAUCUGCACAAUGCUGCGUUUUCAAAUGCAUUUAUUAGAUGCAUAAACUUCUUCAGACAGCGCCAUCUAGCAGCUACGUGCGGGAACAUCCAUAGUAUCUCAACCAAGGUUUAAAAUUAAGACCCGAAAAUAAAACAAAACCCUGCGUUGGUAAGUAUUUGAAAUUUUUAAUUUUGACAAUGCAUGGAUGUAAGAACUUAGUAAGUAGUGCUGUUAUGAAAUCGCAAAAGCUGCGACUUCCGGUUCAUUAGCCGCUGUAGGGAAAUAACGAGACAGUAAAACUGUUUGCAUUACAAACCAGUGUGUUCAUAAUUAAGAUAAUACAUUAAAAUAAUAUGAAGACUCGUCAGUUUGCAAUAACAGGCAGCAAAACGAGCUGCUUUGUACAGCUAAAAAUAGCUGGAAGCGGAUGACCCCGGAAGCCAGACGCAUUAAAUUUAGAUAUAAGGUGGAUAUAAAUCUGUUGUCAGCAAAACGCUGCUUCGCGAAGCAUGUAUUGAACCUGCCAAGUCACGUGGUUUCAGCAAACGAGGCUUCGUGACGUCAUACUGUUUCAAGCUUUGGUUUCGAAACAUUACCCAGAUAGCACAGGUACAUCUGUGAGAUGUCUGUUAAAGAUCGCUUCAUCUGGAAGGCAUCUGCAGUGCACACACAUCUGAUAGACGUCUUUAAGAUGUCAGUUUUACAACAUUUUCUGAACAUCUAUUUGACAACUGAUAGGAAACGUCCUAUUGACGUUUUAUAGACGUCUCUGUGAUGUACGUGUGCUAUCAGGGUACACGCUGCUAGAUGGUGAUCUCCUGAACCAAUGAAGGAGUUUCUAAUAGUUGACUUUGGGUCAGUUUUAUGAUGUAGAUUCAUUUCUAGUUCAUUUAAUCAAUUGUGCGUGUGUAUAAGGCGAAAAGGAAAAUGAUGCUUAAUCGUUUCUAAUAAUUAAUAACACAAAUUAAUAAACAGAUUUUACAGAACCUUCA